AUGAGCAAGAAUCCCUUCGCAGACCCCCCAGCCGAAGUCGGCUCGUCGGCACCGGACGUCGCACCGCCCGCUUACACGCCCCACGAUGCCGUCGCAUCCUCUUCGAGCUCCGCGCCCCGGCCCGAACCCCAAGCGCCUCGGGAACCAUUCCACAUGAGCGACUCCACGUCGCCCUACCUCCCAUUCCCCCCAAGCUUGAACGUGUACUACCAAUGGAAGUUUACGCGCACCUUCCACCUCGGCGAUAGCGCGAACCACAAGCUCUACGCCCUCUCGGCCUGGGGCGAGAUCGGUAGCAAGGGCCCCGGCAUCCCCUGCAUCAUGCUCCACAACGGCCCCGGCGCCGAAGACCCCGCGCUGGCCGUCUGCUGCGAGGAGAAGAACUGGACGUUCCGGUCCCGGAGCAUAGACGGCGUCAUGGUCCUGCCGUCUGUGGACGCCCCGUCGAAAGAGCGUGGGACGGAGACGAUCACGGAGCUGUUGCGAUCGGAGACCUCGAGCCGUCAGACCGGAGUCUCGUUCGGCUACUCUAUCGAAGUCGCGCAGCCCGGAGGUGGGCUACGGCGGGAAGAUUUCGAGUGGAGGAGAAUCCAGGACAAGGAGAAGCUUGAUGGCUACAGCAACGGGUUUGAGUUGUUUCGCGCCAAGCCCGGGCAAGGCGGCGAGCCUGACGACGAAGUGCUUGCUGUGGUUCUUUUCAAGGGAAUGCUGAAUGUGAACAAACCGUUGAACUUUGAGUUCAAGGGGAGGAGUCUGUCCGGGGAGCUGGGUGACCGGUGGGCUGUCAUGGCUAUCAUGACGGGAAUCAGGAUCUGGUUUCUCUUCUUUUCCAGCAGAACAAAGUGA